AUGACCGGUGACGCAUCCUUGGUGGCAGCCCUGCUGGAACAUGGUGCAAACAGCAAUGAUUCCAUCACCAAGAGCAAGAGAGAGCUGCUAUUCCCCAAGAAGAUGUCCUUAUUGUCCAUAGCCGCCCACUUUCGCAGUAACGAGACACUCAAAGUGCUCCUAGCUGCAAGGGCAGAUGUGAAUGCCCGCGACAGCUUCAAGACGACUGCAUUGCAUUGGGUUUGUACGUCAGACAACUCUGAUGGUCUGCAACUCCUCGCUGACGCAAACGGCGAUUUGCAACAGCAGGAUGGUCUGGGAUUUGACAUCUUCAAGACAGCCUGCGCUAAUGGUUCCUACCAAAUUCUCACCAAGAUGCUCGCAAAGCCUCAUGGCUUCAGCCUUCGCAGCUGCUUACACUUGGCGCUCCUGAUUGGCGGAGGAUCGCGGGAUGCUAUCUCCCUUCUCAUCUCAGCUAAAGCAGAUGUGAACGAGACUUUGGACUUGACAUCAUCAAGGCUCCUGAAGUUCGCACUGACAGUGUAUGGUGUCCAGCAUAGGAUUCGACCUUCGAGGCUGACGAUGAUGGCUUACCACCACGGCGGAUCCUCGGCUGCGAUUGAUAUCUUUUGGGGUUUAGUGGUUUGGGGUUUAGGGUUUAAGGUUUAG